AACGUGGUAAAAAGUAUCACUUUUAACACCACCAUUUUCUUCUUACUCUCUGAAUCAUCUAUCCCCCGCAAUCCUCUUUUCAGUCCCCCACACACACUCUCUCUCCCUCUCUUUACAUCUGCAUAUGUAAAGGUCUGUGUCUGCCUCACUCCUCUUAUGUUUCAAAUGCUCAGUGGAUGAACAAGUAACAAACCAUUUUUCCGUAUUUUUUCAGGAGACGGUAAAGAUGAAAGCAGCUGCUCUGUUCCAAGUUUUUGAAGGAGUAAGCUUUUGAGAUCUUGGUAAAGGAAUACCUCCAUUAGCUUCAAAAUGCCAGUUCCACUUGCUCCAUAUCCUACACCACCAACGCCAUUUACACCACCUGCUAACGGAACACAGAGCCAGCUUGUGUGUUCUGGAUGCAGAAAUCUAUUACUCUAUCCAGUUGGAGCAACAUCUGUUUGCUGUGCAGUUUGCAAUGCGGUCACAGCAGUACCACCUCCGGGCACUGAGAUGGCUCAGUUGGUUUGCGGAGGCUGCCACACAUUACUAAUGUACAUCCGUGGAGCAACAAGCGUGCAAUGUUCUUGCUGUCACACAGUCAAUUUAGCUAUGGAAGCAAAUCAGGUAGCACAUGUAAAUUGUGGCAACUGCCGCAUGCUGCUGAUGUACCAAUAUGGGGCACGAUCAGUGAAAUGUGCAGUGUGCAAUUUUGUGACAUCAGUAGGGGUAAGUAUAAAAUCCUCUUUAGUAUUAAGCCAUCAAGCUUUCAUGUUUCAGUCAAUGAUGAACUAGUAUUCCGACACUAUCAAAAUUCUGCAGUUUAAAUCCUAAAUUAGCAGGAUCUAAUCCCUACUUCAACAGGAACAACUCAUUUUUCAUCUUGGAAACAUAGCACAGAAGAUAUUGAAUUGUAACAUUGAAGGAGGAAAAUAGUAGUGUGAAUUUCUAAUCAAGUCUUAUAUAACUUCCCUUUUCAAAAUAGAACACCAACUAGGACAAGCAUAUGGCAUGUAAGCCUACAAAAACAAUCAAAGGAAUGAAAAUGUAACCUGUUAAGCUUAUUUCACAAGAGUAGGACUUGACAACCAAACAAAUUAUUCUAAAACAGCAUGCCCUGUAUUUUAUUUAUGGAAGAAGCAUGUAGCAAAGGUUAGCACAAAGACUAGUAUUCUUACUAAGCCUGAGCACCUUUAGGCCUUCCAAGCAAAUUACUUAGAAGAGGCACCACAUGUUCGUUCUCUUUGCUCCCUUCUCUUGAAUAUUCAGAAUAAGGUAUAACUACUCUUCAAAGGAGCAACUACACACAUGUUAACCACAUUUCCAAUUGGCAAAUCUGAAGCAGCUUUCGCUACAAGUAUCUCUAAUUUCGCACUUGUUAUGAAGGUCUAGAAAAUGUAAAGAAAUCGAAAAGUUCCUGCAAGUUAAAUCAAGGCAAUACUUAUUUGCUCAAGAAGUCUUUGUUUUCUGUUGAUUUCCAUUAAAUACCACGUAUGCGUCCAGUAUUUCAUUUUCUCUUCUUCUCCCUUAAAACAGUUACAGAAAUAGUACUAGUAAUAGUCUCGGCAGUGAUAGUGAUGAUAGUAGCAAUAUGCAUAUGUAAUGUUCCUUCCCCUUACACAACUCAUGUCUGUUCCGCUACAAAAGAUUAAAGGCUGCAUAGUAUUAGGUCCUACACUCAACUAUGUCUCAAUCCCAAAUUAGUUAGGACCGGCUAUAUGGAUCCUCUUGUUCAUGAGGCUCUAUGUAAACACUCUAUUCAACAUGUCACUGCGAUGGAAUUUAAUAAAACCUAUCAGUACAACAAGUAUGCAAUGAAAACAGUAAGGAUUUAAUUCCACAAAUUUCUUCUAUCGAAAAAUAGUGUUCUUAUAGAUCCAAAGUUAGUAAUUAUUAUUGUUACAACCACUGUAUGGAACAUACAAAAAGUUCUGAGGCCUUUAAAGCAUUCCUACUUCAUUUUGUAUUCAUACUUGACAAAAUGUUCUCUGGACAAUACAGGUUGCAACGAGCACAACUGAGCAAAA